AUGCCUUACCUCGAAGACCCCUUGGAUUACGAGCCUGGCGGGCUACAUCCCGUCCAUAUAGGUGAUACGUUUGCAGCAGGGCGUUACGAGGUCAUCGACAAACUUGGGCACGGCUGCUCUUCCACCAUCUGGCUCGCUCGCGACCUGACAACUGCAAGCUACGUCUCACUCAAGAUUAUAGAAGCUGAUAGAUCGGAAUCGUCGACUGAGUUGAUGGUCUUGAAACAUCUUGAAGCAACGUUCGAUGCAGAGGAAGAGGGAAGCCAACAUGUAGUCCGAAUGCUUGACCAUUUUGUGCACGAGGGACCGAAUGGAUCACAUUUGUGCAUCGUUCAGGAAUUCCUUGGGCCCACCCUGACCACCAAAAUUGAAGCCAAUUCUGCCUCCUCUAAGCCGAAGGCCCGUCGAAUUGCUGGCCAACUUCUUCACGCUGUCGCCUAUCUUCAUAAACGUGGAAUCGCACAUGGCGACCUUCACACUGGCAAUAUCCUUCUCUGUAUCCCCGCCUCACUCAGUAUCGAUUUUGGCACUCCAAUAAGAGAUACAUGCGGGUUACCUGCGACGCCCUCUCCUCAUAGGCCGAAAUAUCUUGUUGGACCCAUCAUUGAACGCGUCCCAAACAAAUUCAUACGGUCCUGCCUGGACAAGCCUCACAUCAAAGUGUGCGAUUUCAGCGAGUCGUACAUGACGGGCAUGACCGAGCCUCCACCACUUGCUUCCCCCCAUAUUCUCCGACCGCCAGAAGGAAUCCUCGGUGACUUACCCCACGCAACUCUACAAACGGACAUCUGGGGACUGGCGGUUGUAAUCUUCCAAAUUCUUACCAAUGGCGGUUCUCUGUUUUCUUCGCUUAAUGACGACUACACUCUGGAGACCAUCGUCUUGACGUUGGGCAAACUACCCGAACCGCUGUGGCGCAGUUGGAGCAAUCGUGAAAAGUUUUUCGACGACGACGUAAAUCCAGUCCUCCAAGUCAACUCCUGGUCAGGGUUGAGUGGGAUCUCAUCCAAGACUUCCCUGAAGGAAACAAUCGGACAUUGGCCAGUCGCAAAGGAAGAGAUUUUGGCAUUGGAGGCGAUGUUGGAGGCGAUGUUGCGCUAUGAUGCGAAGAGCAGAUGCUCGUUAAGCGAUCUUGUUCAUUGCGACUGGAUGCGCGGCCUGGAUGGCAUUCCUUCUCCGGAAGCCAUACACCGAGAAAUCGAGGAUAAACCCCUACUCCCAAAGACAUCUUUGCCUCGACACUGGCUUCCAACGUACCAACUACAUUGGAAACCGGAACUGUCCAUACCUUCCCUUCUCACCUACACACCAUCGCCUCCGCCCACCAGUGUUUCUUUUGUGAGGACUGGACUCAACGGACGCGUCACUGGCCAUGUAGAGGUGCCUAAUGUACCUCCUUCAACGGGCCUGACUUCAACGUUAACAUCAUUGGAUCGCGCACCCGGGCCAUCCAAAAACUUUGUUCGCGGGCGCUCAGGGCACGUUCCAUUCUGGCCUGGCGGUCUUGAAGACGUAGUCGUGUCGGAAAGUACUGCAUCAAGUUCGAAAACAGGAUUCCGCCGGGGUUCACUCGUGGUUUGCUCCUUCCUGACGAGGUUGACGAGAGCCUGCUUGAGUUGGGCGAUGGUGGUGACUUCAGAGACGACGAGAUUGCUGCUGAGGCGGACGCGUUUUUCGACGAACAAUCUGAGCAGCCAUUAUCCACUUCACCAAAAUCUCUUCCCGCUCAUGCAGGCGCGCGACUGGGCCCAUGUUAUCGAUGUCAAUACAUUCCACGAACUUGUCCCAGAAAUGGCUCAUAAGUAUCCCUUCGAGCUCGAUACGUUCCAAAGGCAAGCCGUUUACCAUUUGGAGAUGGGAGAUUCGGUUUUUGUCGCUGCACAUACGUCUGCUGGUAACACGGUGGUAGCUGAAUUUGCGAUUUCAUUGGCAGAAAAGCAUGUGACACGCGCGAUAUAUACGUCUCCCAUCAAGGCACUGUCUAACCAGAAAUUCCGCGACUUCAAACAGACUUUCUCCUCCUCGUCGGUCGGUAUUCUUACUGGAGACAUGCAGAUUAACCCCGAAGCAAGUUGUUUAAUCAUGACAACAGAGAUUCUGAGAAGUAUGCUGUACAAGGGUGCAGACCUUAUUCGAGAUGUGGAAUUUGUUAUUUUCGACGAGGUCCACUACGUGAAUGAUGCUGAGCGAGGAGUUGUCUGGGAAGAGGUCAUCAUCAUGCUACCGGACCACGUCAACAUCAUCCUUCUCUCCGCUACAGUCCCAAAUACAAAAGAAUUUGCUGAUUGGGUUGGACGGACCAAGAAAAAGGAUAUUUACGUAAUCCCGACAGCCCAGCGGCCUGUGCCUCUCGAACAUUAUCUUUAUGCUGGCCGUGAAAUGUACAAGAUUGUGGACUCGAAAAGAAACUUUGUUGCCCUUGGCUACAAGGAUGCAGGUGAAGCCCUACGUCGAAAACAAGACAAAGAACGUGAAGCUGCUGGAUUACCUCAAGAAGGGAUUACUGCCUGUCGUCGUGUUUACGUUCUCCAAGAAGCGCUCUCUGUUGAGAAAAGCGAAGUCCAUGUUGCUAUUGAGAAAGCCAUGUCUCGUUUAAAAGGCAGCGAUAAGAAACUCCCGCAGAUUGCUCGAAUGCGAGAUCUCCUUUCGCGUGGAAUCGGUGUUCAUCAUGGCGGCCUUCUCCCGCUUGUCAAGGAAGUGGUUGAAAUCCUGUUUGCUCGAGGUCUUGUCAAAAUCCUCUUCGCAACCGAAACUUUCGCUAUGGGUGUAAAUAUGCCUGCCAAAUGUGUCGUAUUCUCUGGAAUACGGAAACACGAUGGACGAACUGUAAUAAUUGUGGCUAACGACUCUCUGCCAGAGCAAACAACCCUUCAAACGAUGAUUCUGGGAAUACCGACCAAACUCUCUUCGCAGUUCAGGUUAACCUAUAACAUGAUUCUCAAUCUUCUCCGCGUCGAGGCGCUCAAAGUCGAGGAGAUGAUCAAACGCAGCUUCUCCGAAAAUGCCUCCCAGCGGCUAUUGCCCGAACAACAGAAGCAAGUUCUCGAGAGUGAGAAGGUGCUGUCGUCGCUCGCGAAACUGAGCUGUGAUAUAUGCCAACCCGACAUUAAUUCGUUUUACGAUGAUUCGCUUGCGAUCGUAUCAGCAAAUCAACAGUUGUUCAGAAUGGCUGUUGGUCAUCCACAGGGUUCAAAACUCCUUUCUUCGAGACGCGUUAUUAUCCUGCGAGAUGCGCAUUUCAAUAAAACAUAUUUCGUGUUGGCGCUUGUCGAUCAAGAGACAAAGACCCGCAAGCGAGACAUGGACCUACAAGCUGUGACACCGAAAUGGCCGCCCAGUCCAAACUCUCUGGUGGUGAAUGAUGCAGUCUACGAGGUCACCGCUGUAUCGCUAGCCAGCAUAGCUAUGAUCACUGGACGGACAGUCAAGAUCGAUGUGGAUGCGAUUGUGGACCGACAUCUAAUUUCACGCAUGCGGGAGGCUCUCGCGCUUCUACAAGGUCUAGUUCACGAAUGGAACGCCAGCACUGUGAUUCCAGAAGUCGACUGGGCAAGGAUGCGGUCGCUUGAGUUUCAAGAAACGUUGCUUGCUCGAAACUCACGCGUCGAAAAGUUGUCGGGCCGCGAGUGUUUGCUGUGUGGCCGCGUAGCGUGCGAGAUCAACUCGAUCAACGAACUCGUUCUGACCGAGCUCAUCCUCGAAAACACGCUUGCGAGCUAUUUUCUUGUUUUAUCUUCCAGGAAAAACCCAAGGUAG